AUGGCAAAAGCGAAUGUUGCAGAGAUAAAAACAUGGCUGACUCUUUUUUUUGACAAAUGUGAAACCGAAUACCCAAAUGAAGGAAAAAACCUCACAACACUGCCAGUAUCUGCCAAUGGCACAGUGUAUCCCGACCACUUUAUUCUUUUACUGGCGAUGAUUUUACUUGACAUGGG